GUAAUUUGCUUUAGACGCUCCUGAAUAUAAAAAUAUUUAUAUUCGGUUAUAAAUUAACUAAGGCUAAUUUAACUAGUUGGCUGUGACAUUGCUUUCUUUGUCCAAUAGAUAAUUUAAAGAUGUUUUUUAUUAUUUUAGCCACAAUAGUCCUCGUAAAUAUAUGCAGCGCGGAUCAUCUUCUGUAUGUCUGCUGUACUCAUCUCCGCGUGCAGUUUCGCUUGCUGCAGUACGACUUGAGUAAUAUUGUCAAGAAGAACAAUUUCUUAUCGAAUCACGAUCUUGGAUUGGUUGAAGGUGAACUCGUUGAAUUGAUUAAAUGGCAUCAAGCGUUGAUACGAUUGUCGAAUAAUUUGGAAAUUAUAUAUUCGAAGUCAAUAUUGUAUAAUUUCGUCUCUAGUUCCGUGCUCAUCUGCCUGACUGGGUUCAAUGUUGUUGCAAUACAAAACGUCGCGUUUGCUAUCAUGUUUCUAGUUUUCCUCACUGCGAGUUUACUGCAAAUAUAUCUACUUUGCUUCUUUGGUGAUCUGCUUAUGAAAUCUAGCAUGGAAGUAAGGGAUGCUGUAUACAAUUGUAAAUGGUAUUACCUGAAUGCUAAAAUAAGGAAAAAUUUGAUCAUCGUAAACAGCAGAACUCAAGAACCUUGUAAGCUGACUGCCUUCGGGUUCUCUGACGUCAAUCGCAGGGCUUUUAUGAGUAUAUUAAGCAGCUCCUGGUCGUAUUUCGCUCUGCUGAAAACAAUUUAUAAUCCAGCAAAAAAUUAA